AUGGAAUAUCCAAUAACUAAUAAUUCUAUCCAUAAAAAAAGCAAUCUUUAUCAUAUGUUCCCCAAUCACUGUUGCCUCACUUGCAAUCAAAUCGCAUUGCCUUACUUUACUCAAACAAGUUGCGCCGCAACUUUACUGAUGGCAAAAGCUUUUCGUUGGACGAAUCAACUCUCCCUAGCCACUGCUGAUGCCGUAACAAUAAUAAUCCUUAUAAUCCAAUUUGUAGAACAGAAACAAAACGAUAAUCCAUCGUUUCAGAUUUGA